AAGGGGUUUGGCGCAUGCGCGGGCUUGCUUGGACGAGUGGGGGGAGCGUGCCGUCGGCGUUCCUGCCUGGCGUGCUGCGUUAUCCGGGUUCAGCGCCGCUUCUCUCAUGGCGGUCGGUGUCCUGCGGGGCUUUGGCUGCAGCAGCAGCAGCUGCGGAUAGAAGAAGGGGGAGCGGGAGGGAGGAGGAAAGGGAGCGGGCAGGUCGUGAGCCGUGGCGGGGGCAGGAGCAACAACGGCGUCGGGGGCGUCGGCGGCGAUGAGUUGGUUCAACGCCUCUCAGCUCUCGACCUUCGCCAAGCAGGCUCUGUCUCAGGCGCAGAAGUCCAUCGACCGGGUGCUGGACAUCCAGGCCGAGGAGGAGGAGGAGGAAGGCGGCGAAGCGGCGCAGGGCGGAAGCGCCCCCUCCCGACCGGGAGAGGCGGGAACAACUUCUCUUACGAGUGGAGGAUGGGAUACUUCUACCUGGGGAGCUAAUGCAGAUACAGAAUCUCAAAGUCAGCCAAUAUCAUCUCCUACAGCCAUCACCAAACCUGUUAGGAGGACUGUGGUAGAUGAAUCAGAAAACUUCUUCAGUGCCUUCCUCCCAUUAACGGAUGUUCAGAGCGUACAGCAAAGUCCAGUGGUGUCUAAGCCACCCACCAAAUCGCAGCGACCCAAAGAAGAAGUAAAAAGCACACUAGAAGAAUCUCUGCAUGCUGACCUGCCAGAAACAGAAGGAAAAGAUUUCUCUGUAAUUUCACCCUUGGAACUGGAAAACUCCAGUAAUUCCCAGGAGAAGUUAGAAGAAGGUAAUUCAAUACUUGAUAUUGAUGGCAAGCAUAAUGAAGAUGAGCAUGAGGAAAACAACACUAAAGACGCUGAUCAAGAAGCAUCUGCUCAGAAUCUCAAGGUAGCAGAAGCCACUGCUAUUGUGAAAGCAAGUUCAGGAAGUGAAGAACCUGGCCACAUGCCUGACAUCUCCACACAACCUCUGCCUGCAGAGACAAAGAAUAUAGGUUUGGAAACUAAAGAGCGAAAAAGUGAGGAUCGGCAAAGCAAUACACCUUCACCUCCAAUUAGCACUUUCUCCUCAGGGACAUCGACAACUAGUGAUAUUGAAGUUUUGGACCACGAAAGUGUGAUAAGUGAAAGUUCGGUAAGCUCAAGGCAAGAGGCUGCCGAUUCGAAAGCUAGUCUUCACCUGAUGCAAACUUCUUUUCAGCUUUUAUCAGCAUCUGCUUGCACAGAAUACAAUCGCCUUGAUGACUUUCAAAAAUUGACUGAGAGUUGCUGCUCCUCUGAUGCUUUUGAAAGGAUAGACUCAUUCAGCAUGCAGUCUUUAGACAGCCGGAGUGUGAGUGAAAUAAAUUCAGACGAUGAAUUGUCGGGCAGGGGAUGUGUUUCGGCAUCUGUAACCCUCAGCCCUUCAACACUAAAAACUGAAGAGCCUGAACCUAUAAAAAGCAAGUCGGACCAAAUCCUAAGUGAAAUUAUUGCACUACCCACAGAAGAAACAGAAAUGGAGGAAAGUGGGCGAAGUGCGACCCCUGUUAACUCAGAGCAGCCAGACGUCUUGGCUGUUUCUGUGCAAACUGAUGGACAGACUCAGAAAGAGGAGGUGGCAGUACAUUGGCCCAGUGCUGAAAAGCUGUCAAGUGUAGAGUGUGAAAAAGAAGAGCUUUGCAAGAUUAUUGAUUCACUGACGGAAAAACUGGAAAUGAGGGAAACUCGCCUGUUAAGUGUUAGCAAAGAGAAGGCACGCCUAGAAGAAGCUUGUGAUAAUCUUAAUGACUAUGAAUGUCAUAAUGCUGAAGUAAAGAUUCUCAAAGAAGAUCUAGCAACUAGAUUGAACAGUAAUGAAACCGCUGAAAUACUAAAGGAGAAAGAUGAACAAAUUAAAGGAUUAAUGGAGGAAGGAGAAAAGCUUUCAAAACAACAGUUGCAAAAUUCUAACAUCAUUAAGAAGCUAAGGGCAAAGGAAAAGGAAAGAGAAAAAAUGAAUACAAAGCAGAGUAAAAAGAUUACAGAAUUAGAAGAAGAGUUGCAGCAUUUGAAACAGGUGUUGGAUGGCAAAGAAGAAGUUGAAAAGCAGCACAGGGAGAGCAUCAAGCAGCUAAGUAGUGUGGUUGAACGGCAAGAGAAGGAUAUUACCAGACUCCAGGCGGAUCUUGAGGAUCUUGAAGAGAAGAACCGAAGUGUGCAGGCAGCUCUUGAUAGUGCAUACAAGGAACUUGCAGAUCUUCACAGAGCAAACGCUGCGAAAGACUGUGAGGCACAAGAAGCAGCAUUAAGCCAUGAACUGAAAAUGAAGGAGCAGCUGGGCUUAGCUCUAGAGAAGGCCCAAGAGGAGGCUCGCCAGCAACAAGAGGCUUUAGCAAUUCAGGUGACAGACUUGAGAGUGGCCCUGCAACGUGCAGAACAACAAACGGCUAGAAAGGAGGAUUAUUUGCGUCAGGAAAUCAGUGAACUUCAGCAGAGGCUUCAGGAAGCAGAGACUCGUAACCAGGAGCUGAGUCAAAGUGUUACAUCUGCUACGAGGCCCCUGCUCCGACAGAUAGAAAACCUGCAAGCAACCUUGGGAGCACAGACCUUGUCAUGGGAGAAGUUAGAGAAGAAUCUCUCUGAUAGGCUUGGGGAAUCUCAAACUGCCUUGGCAGCACAGGCUGAAAGAGAACGCGCUGCUACAGAGGAACUUCUUUCCAAUAAAAUCCUGCUUUCUUCCACUGAAUCACAAAAUAGCCUCCUAAGGCAAGAAAAUACCCGCCUUCAAGCACAACUCGAGACAGAGAAAGCCAGGCUUAAGAAACUAGAAAAUGAAAACAAUCGGUAUGAAGUCGAGCUGGAAAACCUUAAAGAAGAGUAUGUGAAAACUGUUGGAGAGGCAAAGAAAGAAAAGACGCUGUUAGCUACUCAGCUGGAAAUGGAGAAAAUGAAAGUUGAGCAGGAAAAGAAGAAAGCAAUUUUUGUACAAGAAACUGCAAGGGAAAAGGAGCGUAAAUUAUACACUUCAUCAACGAUGGAAACUGUCUCCAGCACUCCAACUCUGUCACGCUCAAGCUCAAUAAGUGGGGUUGAUAUGGCAGGUCUCCAGGCAUCCUUUGUAUCCCAGGAUGACCAACAUGAUCAUUCCUUUGGUUCCGUGACUACAAGUGGGAACAAUCUAUAUGACGCAAUGAGAAUGGGAGCAGGCUCAAGCAUUAUUGAAAACCUACAGUCACAAUUAAAAUUGCGAGAGGGCGAGAUUUCUCACCUACAGCUGGAAAUCGGAAACCUUGAAAGAACUCGGUCGGUAAUGGCAGAAGAGCUGGUAAAGCUGACAAAUCAAAAUGAUGACUUUGAAGAAAAAGUGAAGGAGAUUCCCAAGCUACGUGCACAGCUAAGGGAUUUGGAUCAGAGGUACAAUACCAUUCUCCAGAUGUAUGGCGAGAAAGCGGAAGAAGCAGAAGAACUGAGGUUGGACCUUGAAGAUGUGAAAAAUAUGUACAAGACUCAGAUUGAUGAACUUCUAAAACAAAGGCAUAGUUAAUUAUUGCUGAAGUUGCAGUUUGCAAACGACAUUGCAUUAAACUGUAGAAAUGUUUAUGUAAAUGCAGAUGAGUUGUAAAGAAUUUGUACUAUAGGAUGAUUAUAUGGUAGAGGGUUCGUACGUUGGCAAGAAUGUUAUGCUUUUGUGAUGGCCAACUGCCAGCAAUUAAAUUAUUUGUUAAUAUUUAAAUUUUUAUAUCCGUAGAUGAAUGUUAAUUAAAAGACAGACCAUCUUGUUGUCAAUAGAGUAAGUUGCAAAUUAGUUUGCAUAAUGCUUAUCAUUCAGCAGCAGGAGCUUUUUAAUUGCAGUUGCCUCACGGGCAUGUAGCUGAAUAAUUUCACUGACAGUUUUUCAUGGAUAUCCUAAUGCUGAUUCAUUUCUAUCCAAAUUAAUAUUUGGCGGAAAAAUAGAUUGAUUUUAAAAAAUAUAAAUACUGAUAGCAAAUAAUUGCUAUCUGAAAUACAAGGCUUAGAAUGCCUUUUAAGACUUUUUUAAAACAACAACAACAACAAAACCCAGCAAAUUAAUAUUUGGAUUUAUACUGUAGUGUCCUAACCAGGGUACUGGUGCCCACAAAGCCUUUGCAGCCAACAAUACAGGGUGACAUUUAAAGGCUCAAAAUCGGUAUUGCAAUAGCAACCAAGCUCCCUCCUAUACAAUAGAUAACAAUUCUACUGUUUCUUAAAUGUUUGGCUGCAUUCCAAAGCAUAAUCCACUGCCACAUAGAAGCGGGCUGCCUAGCAGCUUUAAUGGCUUUUAACUAGCAAAAGAAAAGAAGCAACAUUUGCCUAAAAAUCAGUAGUACUCUGGGGGGAUGAAAGGAGUUUACAUGUUGAAAUGGUUGCACAUCUUCCUGUCAUAGCCUGAUUCUCACCAUGUGUGUGAGUGCACUUUAUUUUCAAAAGUGAAUAAACUUGUUCCAGAUGUUUCAAAUGAACUCCAGUAGUUUAGAAACUAUCUUUAGAAGGUGUUUGACAGAACAUAAAAAAGGAAUAGCAUCUUGAGUUGCCUUCCCAGCUAUUUAGCCUAAGCAAAACAGAAAACUCCCUAGUAUCAGCCACAUUCAUAGGAGGACCUUUACAUUAUUGUGCUUUCUUAAAGUCAUACUUUGUAUGACAGCUAUAAAGGGUCAUUUCUGUUAAACUGACCUUAAACUGUUUAAAUGUUCAGGAAAAAAAUGUGGCAUUGCUGCAUUUCUUUAGGAUUUAAAAAGGUUUCCUCACAGGAACUGGAAUUUUCAUAGCUGAAUUUACAUGAAAUUUUUAGUCUCUGAUAGAUAAAAUUUACGCAUCCUGUCAUGUUGGUAUACAAGACAUAUUUUUCCUGAACGAAUUAUCUACAGAGCUUUCAUCGAGCAUAAGGUGCGUGGAGAUUCUAAGAUUUUAUUUGAUACUUUGACAUUGUAUCAACCACUUACUCUUAAUUGCUUACCUUUGGCCGAUGUCUAUUUGGAAAUCAUGUGCUAUAACCUCCUGAGAUCAUACUACCAUGUAAUAGGAAAUGGGAGUCUUAUACUGUUGAUCUGCCUGAGGAAAGCUAGUGUGUCAGAGAGAGAGCUUCUACUGCAAGCUUUUCCCUGGCAUAUUAGGAUUCAUCCUGAUCCACUAGUUUUCUGUGUGCAGGAUUUCUUUUUUUGUUACUUGGCGGAACAUUUAAUGAAGCAGUUCCUCGCCUAUAUUCUGAACUGCUACAUUAUCAGGAGGAUUGUAUCACUUUAAUCUAAUGAUGGAUAUUUAAGGCAUGCAAUAAUCUUCCUGAUAAGAGACUAAAUUACAGUCUAGUGGGAGAAUUGUUUGAUUCAAAAAGAGGUUUGCAUAAUAGUUGAUACUUACACAAAACAAGCAAAUGAUGGCUGCUGGCAGCAGAACUUACCAAGUGUUAUUUUCCAAGAAGGCACUGCAUAUUAGUACUUAAAGCCAAUGCAAAAUGCAAAUUGGAAUGCUUCUGAAAAUUUAGUUUAAGACCUGAGAAAGUUAAGUGCAUGCUACUUUCGUAAUUUAUAUUUGGAAUAAAUUAUCUCUGCACUUGAACUGGAGAAUACAACCCCUGGCGGGAACUUAUGUGUUUGCACUAGGAACAAAAAAGCCUAAGUCUUGCACCCAAAAAAUUGCAUCUUUUAGACCCCUUACCCACAUGUUGCUUCCUCAUGUUUGAUACAAGUAUUGGUUAUGUAGCCCAUGUUCCACCAUAAAACCUACAGACUUCCUUGUUCCUUUGCAGCCAAUUGGAAAGUGGGAAAAAAUACUUUUUGCAAGUGAGGUCUGUGAAAUUUAGGCUCUCAAACUCUUGAAACUCAUAUGCAGUUUUCAAAAGCAACUAGACACUGUGGAUAUUUGUUUGCUCAGGACUGCUGGAAGCGCACCUGUGUGUACCCCCCCCCCCUUUUCAAUCUGCCGACAUGCAGAAAUGCUGUAAGCAGACGUGUGUGACUGUAUUCAUGUAAGUGAGAGCAGUGGGCUUCACAAUGUUGAUGUGGAAAGCAAUACUGCAAGAAAAAAUUCCCUAGUAGACUGCAGAAGGAGACCUUGGUUUCUCAAUGCAUUGCUAAGCCCUCUUAAUAUUUUGUGGGAGUAAGUUAAGAUCUCUAGUUAAUAAUUGGAAGAACGGUGCUGAGAUUAUAUAUAUAUAUAUUAUAUAUAUUAUAUAUAUAAUAUUAUAUAUAUAUAUAUAAUCACAGUUGUUUAAAUCUUCAUUGCAGCUGUGUUAAUAUGGUUUGCCCUCUUAAGAAUUGUUACAUUUUUAUAAAGGGCUGUAAAGUAGUUUAAGUAAAGUAUUUAGAUGAACUAUGUCACGGGAGUUAAGCUGUUAAUGUAAUGUAAAUAAUUUAAAUAUGUUACUUUUGGCCUGAGUAAAGUAUUUGAGUUACCAGUGUUUUAUAUUUUUCUUAAAUGCAAAAAUGCAUCCUGGUGAGAUGUUGAUAGUAAUAGCUUCCAAACUAAGAAGCAGUGGCAAAACGUAAAGCGAGUUCAAUGCCUUGCCAGCCAAUUUGCUGAAGGGUUCACCCAGCGGUGAGGAUGUGACGUAAUACAUAAACACAGGUUCGCCCAUAUUAGAGCCAGACCUUGUCUGCCUGUCUUGAGAGACAAUGGAGUGCAUCACCGGGGGUGAAGUGAAACCACCAUGUUAGCAGCACCAAAGUGAUCUCCCUGGGAUGCAAACUUGAACAUUAUGUAUGGAGGUCCUGGGCUGCCCAGACCACAAGAAGCCCCCCCCCCCC